CUAUAUUAAUGCCGUAGCCGCUGCCUUGCCAAAGUUUUGGUUCGUUUAGAGAGAGUAAAGUGUCGCAAAGCAAGGUUAAGGAAGAAGAACAGUCAGAGAUUAACUGAAAUGGCUGGUCACAAGGUUGCACAUGCCACCCUGAAAGGCCCUAGUGUCGUCAAGGAGUUAUUGAUCGGAUCAGUACUCGCCUUGGCCGCGGGGAGCCUCUGGAAAAUGCAUCACUGGAAUGAGCAGAGGAAAGUGAGGACAUUUUAUGACUUGCUCGACAAGGGUGAGAUUGGUGUUGUGGUUGAGGAAUAAGUUUUAAAAUUUGAACAGAGAUCCGUGCAUUCUGCCGUUUUGAAUUGCUUUGGUUAUUCCAUUUGACUCUUGAACCUAAUGUCGGUUUCAGUGUUGAGUUUUUGGAGAAUAAAUUCCUCAUGCUACUUAAAUGUGAUGACACAUUUCUGUUAUUGCUUCACAUAGAAAUCAAUGUAUGUACUUUGCUUUGUUUUCUA